GAUGACAAUCAGAACAAAACCAAUGAAAAGAAAGAGAAAAAAAUGGUUUCUCAGAAACCCCAUGGUACCAUAGAAUAUACUGCUGGAAAUCAGGACACCAUAAACAGCAUAGCAUUAAAGUUUAACGUCACCCCAAACAAGCUUGUGGAGCUCAACAAGCUUUUCACACAGACGAUUGUGCCAGGCCAGAUUCUCUUUGUGCCAGAAGCAAGCGCUGCGAGGCUGUCUUCUGUCAGUCCUGGUGCUCCUGUUUCUCCUUCAUCAUCAGAUGCUGAAUAUGAUAAACUCCCUGAUGCUGAUUUGGCAAGAAAGGCCUUCAAACCCGUUGAGAGAGUCCUGUCCUCUACUUCAGAAGAGGAUGAGCCUGUGGUUGUCAAAUUUUUAAAAAUGAAUUGUCGUUACUUCACAGAUGGUAAGGGUGUAGUUGGAGGAGUCAUGAUAGUAACUCCAAACAAUAUCAUGUUUGACCCACAUAAGUCUGAUCCUCUGGUAAUUGAGAAUGGCUGUGAAGAAUAUGGGCUCAUCUGCCCCAUGGAGGAGGUUGUCUCAAUAGCUCUCUACAAUGACAUCUCUCACAUGAAGAUUAAAGACGCAUUGCCAUCUGACAUACCAAAGGAUCUUUGUCCUCUGUACAGGCCAGGAGAAUGGGAAGACCUAUCCUCUGAGAAAGAUAUCAAUCCUUUCAGCAAAUUCAAAUCUCUUAGCAAGGAAAAGAGGCAGCAGAAUGGGGAUCCAUCCAUUGCGCUGGGUGCCAAACAGAUAAAGGCUUCAGAUAAGGAAAAGUCUGCUGAUUUUGAAGUUCUUCAGUCAUCUGAGAGUACAGGCUCAAUCAAAUCAAAGUCACUGGAGUUUCCCAACAAUAUCACUGCCAAUGAACAUUUGGAAAAGUUUGCUGCGGAUCCAUGUACUAAGGAACCUUCUAGGGAAAAAAGUGCUUCAGACAUCAAAACCAAAGAAAAAUCCCUUUUGGGAGAAGGAGAGGAUGACUUCAUUGAGCUGGAAAAGACGUCAUCUCGUAUGGAUAGAGGGUUGGACAGGAAAAUCUCAGUAAUGGAAGGCUUGCUGGCUGACCCCAGGGAGUUGGGGAGAACUAAGCAGCAGGUAACCAAACCCACUACAGAAGUCCAGGAGCACUUGACAGUUGAUUCCUUGGAAAAAAAGGACAGUGUUGAACCUAAAGCUGACUUAGACUUAGAGCUGUGUGAAAAGCAAGAUGUUAUUCCAGAAGUAAACAAAUGUGUCAGUUCCCCUACAGGUAAGGUGGAGACUGCAUUGGACACUAAGAAAGAGCUAGAGAAAGAUAAACUUAUUGAAUUUUACCUCAAUAAAGAUGGGAAUGGGUCUCAGUCAUCUGAAGACUUACACAAGGCUGAAAUCCAGAAAGGUGAAAACAAUAAAGCAAUUGGCAUAGACCUUACACUUAGCUGUUCAAAGUCCCAAGCUAAUGAAGUCCAUACAGUUAAAAGUAUGGAGCUUGAUUCCUGCUGCGUUGAAAGGAAAGCACCUUCAUUAGGAAUCAGCUCAGCAGCAGCAGAGGAAAAGGAUCUGAAAGAGUCUGUGGACUCUUCAUUAGUACCAGCUAUAGACAAGACCUGUCAAGAAACACAGUUAGACAAUCAAUCAGAAAUCAGACUGUGGCUACUGCAGAAAAUUCAAGUGCCAAUUGAAGAUAUGCUUCCUUCGAGAGAGGAGAAGAGCAAGACUCCUCCAAUGUUUCUGUGCAUUAAAGUAGGCAAGCCCAUGAGAAAGUCCUUUGCUUCUCAGAGCACCACCAUGUCUCAACAGUACAGUAAAAAGAUAAAGCAACCAGAGUACUGGUUUGCUGUUCCUCGAGAAAGGGUGGAUCACUUGUACACAUUUUUUGUCCAGUGGUCACCAGAAAUAUAUGGGAAAGAUGCCAAAGAGCAAGGUUUUGUUGUGGUAGAAAAGGAGGAGCUUGACAUGAUAGACAACUUCUUCAGUGAGCCCACUACUAAAAGCUGGGAGAUCAUUACUGUAGAAGAAGCAAAACGACGAAAGAGCAUUUGCAGUUACUAUGAGGAAGACGACGAUGAUACUUUGCCUGUCUUAAAGCAUCACAGUGCCCUCCUGGAGAAUAUGCACAUAGAGCAGCUUGCCCGGUGCUUGCCCGCACGAGUGCAGGGAUAUCCGUGGCGGCUUGCGUACAGUACACUGGAGCACGGGACUAGCCUGAAGACUCUGUACCGUAAAUCGGCAUCUCUCGACAGUCCGGUUCUCCUUGUCAUCAAGGAUAUGGACAACCAGAUAUUCGGCGCGUAUGCUACACAUCCCUUCAGGUUUAGUGACCAUUACUACGGCACCGGUGAAACAUUCCUCUACACAUUCAGUCCAAAUUUCAAGGUAUUCAAAUGGAGUGGAGAGAACACCUACUUCAUCAACGGAGACACCAGCUCUCUGGAGCUUGGAGGUGGAGGUGGCCGGUUUGGCUUAUGGUUAGAUGCAGACUUGUAUCACGGGCGAAGCAACUCCUGCAGCACCUUCAAUAAUGACAUCUUAUCUAAGAAAGAAGAUUUCAUAAUACAAGAUGUAGAAGUAUGGACAUUUGAAUGAAAUACUGACUGCCUUAAGGACUGGAUCCAUUAGGCACUUAAAAGCUAACCAGAAGGUGCAGGCUGCCUCACAAUGUUACAUGCUUUUUCCUCAAGUUUGUACCAGAGCAUGACUACGCAAAAAAACCCAACCAACCAACCCAAGAAGAAACAGAGCUGGUUUUGAGAGGCAGUAAGAGACAAAACAGUAAGAGAUCAGUCUGAAGUGGUUUUUACUUCCUCCUCCAGUGCUCUUCCAUUGAAGAUAUGAUGCUUAUGAAAACAUUCAUGGUGUAUAAGUCGAAAACUUUUUCUGUAACUGUGAAAAAGAUCCUGUGGGAAAACUAUAACUGUCUAGCACAUUCCACGUGUAUUUAUAUUCAAUGUACAAAUGCUAACCAAAAAUAAAAGGUUACUUUACCAAAA